GGCUAGGGCCGGGGGCCAAGGGGAUGGGGCUGCAGCUGAAACUGGAGCCCGAGGGGGGAGGGUUGGAGGUGAAGCUGGAGCUGGCGGGGGCGUGGAGGCGAAGCUGGAGUGGGACGGGCUGCGGAUCAAGGUGGAGGUGAUGGAUGAGCCGGAGGAGGAGGGGGUGGAGGGGAACCCCGAGGUGAAGCAGGAAUUUGUGGAUGGGCCAGAAGUGAAGCAGGAGAUACCAGACGGAGUAGAGGUGAAGCAGGAAUUUAUGGAUGAACCAGAGGUGAAGCAGGAACUUAUAGACGGAGUAGAAGUGAAAGAGGAAUGUAUAGACGGAGUAGAGGUGAAGGAGGAAUUUAUAGACGGACUAGAUGUGAAGGAGGACUUCUUAGAUGGGCUAGAGGCGAUGGAAGAGGUGGUGGGUAGACUGCAAAUGAAGAAAGAGAUGCCCGGCUGGUUGGAGGAGGGUAUCCCAGUAAUGAGCGGAGUGGAGGUGAAGGAAGAGGUGAUGGUGGGAGAAAUGGGAACGGAAGAGGUGAUGGUGGGAGAAAUGGGAACGGAAGAGGUGGUAGGAGAGAUGACGGUGAAGGAGGAGGAGAUGUCAGGUGGAUUGAAAGUGGAAGAAGAGCUGGUGGAUGGGAUGAAAAUUGAGGAGGCGAUCAUAGAUGGGAGAAACGUCAAAGAGGAGAUGAUGGGAGGAAUGGAAGUGAAGGAGGAGAAGAUGGAGAGUAAAAUGGAGGUGAAGGAGGAGGCAGUUGAGAUGGAGAUGAAAAUGGAAAUGGAUGUGAAGAUAGAGGUGAAGGAGGAAGGUGAAUUUGAGGUGAAGGAGGAAAAUGGAAUGGAGGUGAAGGAGGAAAAUGGAAUGAAAGUGAAGACAGAAGUGGAUGGAAUGGAGGUGAAGAAUGAGGGGGUGAAGGAAGAAGAAAUGGAUGGAGCCUGGGUGAGGGAAGAUGGAGCACAGCUGAGAGUGGAACAAGAGCCACCCAGAGAGCCUCGGGUGGGCAGCAAGCGGAAGCUGGCCAUGUCAAGCUGUGAAACAUGUGGCACAGAAGAAGCAAAGUACAGGUGUCCACGCUGUAUGAAAUGUUCCUGCAGUUUAGCGUGUGUGAAGAAACACAAAACAGAGCUUACAUGCAGUGGCAUUCGAGAGAAGACAGCAUUUGUUUCAUUAAAGCAGUUUACUGAAAUUAAUCUUCUAAGUGAUUAUAGGUUUUUGGAAGAUGUAGGAAGAUCAGCAGACUACAUUGCUAGAGAUAUUUUCUUGAAAAGACCCUCAACAAAUAGAAUUUUAAAUUACAUGAAAAACCGAGCACGGAGACACAAUAUUGACUUAAGAAUUUUACCAAUUGGCUUCACCAAAAGAAGAGAGAAUUCAACAGUGUUUGAUAGGAAAGAGCAGCGCUUCUAUUGGCAUCUGAAACUCCUGUUUCCUCAGAGUCACGCUGAAUAUGUGGAAAAAGGAGUUCCUGGUGAUAAGAAGCUUCAUGAAAUAUUAACAACCUACAUUGAUCCUGAAAAAUCUGAUCCUGUAAUUCGUCAGAGGUUAAAAGCUUAUGUCUUUUCUGAGAGUGGAAUUCAAAUUUUAAUGAAGAUUGAAAAUAUGCAGCAUAACUUAGUCAGGUAUUAUGAACUGGAUCCUUGCAAAAGUCUCAUAGACAAUUUGAGAGACAAAGUGGUGAUUGAGUACCCAACGUUACAUGUGGUAUUGAAAGGAUCUAAGAAUGACAUGAUAAUCCUCGGCCAAGAGAGAAAUGAAUCCACUGAGAGUUUUGGCAGUGAAAAUCCAGCACUUUCUUCUGAGGAAGAAGGUGAAAUCCAAGAGAGUUCCUGAGGAGUAUGCAUUGGUUGUCUGCUUUGGGAAAGGAGGAGCACCUUUGGUUUUGGUUUUGGUUUUUUACUUUUAAAUUUAAUUUUUAAAUUACAUUAAGAAUUAUUUUUCUGGCCCAGUUUUCAUGUGAGGUGCCCAGUCAGUUUACAAGCUUUUUUUUUUCUUUUCCUUUGAUCAUCAUAGCACAAAUUUGUUCCCAUUUUUGUAUGCUUAGUAUAGCAGACUUAUAAACUUUAGUAUUUAAUAUCUAACCUUUAUUUAGAGAUUUUGAGGUGUAGCAACUCAGAUUCUUGCUAACCAGUGUAAGAUCAGUGCGUAAAAUACAUGACUAAAAGAAUCUGGCUCCAUGUGGGUUCGAAUAUUACUACGUAUAUUGAUCCUGGAGCAAUAAUCCAUUUUUUUUAACUGCAUGUGUAUCUUUCCAUCUUGAGGGAAGGAAAAAGCAAUAUCUUAUAAUUGAGUAGGUUAAUCUGUAAGGCACCUAAUGUAAUCAAAUGAGGACUUUGGUAAAAUAUCACAGAAGGAAACCACAGUUUCUGCUGUUUGAGCCAUCAGUAUGUUUGCUGUCCUUACUAGGACUCAUAAGUGUUUAAUGCCAUCUUCAUUUCCAUCACAUCAUAUGCUUAUCCCCUUUAACUUCAUUAAAGUAUGUAUUGAGUAGUUGAGUUUUUAUUUUCCAUUCCUAGCAAUACCUGAAAAACUUGGAAUCUGUGCUAUAGAAGUGUACAUACGUGUAUUUAUUAUAUAGACACUAAAUUUUUAUCAUAGUGUCUUUGUAAGCCUUAUGAUUUCACUUGUUGGAAUUGCAAAGUUUUCCUAAUUUUACUGGAAUUUCUUAAGUUGUGAAAUGACUAUAUAUUAAAAAAUUAUUACAUCUGCA